AUGGCACAACGAUCUUUUCCUCUCAUCACUACAGACACUAACCUCGCCCCUCACCUCGAACUUCCUCUCCACCAUAACCAAAACCACCACCAACACCAGCGCGAUCACCAACCUCGCGACUACGACUUUAUCACCUGGCGCCAGCAGCAGAUCCUCCUACCCGACGACCCGCAGCAAGACAACUAUUCAGUCAGCCCUCAGCCUGUGUACCAUAUCCCGCACCCGCCCCGCUCGACUCCAUCGCAUUAUACCACCCAGCAGCCCGAGCCGCGCCUUCGCCCGCAUUAUCGCCAGCAGACGCGCCCCGUGUUCAUGAACCCAGAAUUGAUUCUGGAUAAGCCACAUUUUAGGCACCACUCCGGAGGAACCUUGUCAUCUAUCGAUUACGAGCCAGGCGAGGAUAGCUCCGUCUCGUCCAUGGAUCACUCAGCCUCGACAGCCUACAAGCAGCAUGAGCAGCACGGUCAGUCGUCCUCAUCCCUCGGAUACUCCCUCGACUCCCAGCGCACCCUCCAACCACGCCACUCUCACAACGCCAACCAGACACUCUCUAACCUGACCACUCCACAAGGCUCGCCUCAAACGGUACGCGGAGUUGGAACGGGUGGUAAUUCAUAUCACAACGGACAUGCAUCCAGCUCCUACCAGUACAGCAGCGGGAGCGAAGGAGACCUUGAUCUAUUCUCUUCUCGACAGCCCGCAUUACUUGGCGAUCUGACAACAACAACUGCAACAACUACGGCUGCGUCAACCCCAACUCACCAACAGCCACUACGAAGCAACUCUGUCAUAAAAAUGACGGCCGCCAAGAGACUGCCCCCCUUCAAUGCCAGUCGGACAUCAAUGCCAGCCAACGCAGUCGCAGAGGGAAGCGCCGAGGACGACGACGACAACCAACGGACAAUUAACCGACAACAGGCUGAUAGACGUGCUGAUCUGGAAGACGACGUUGUGAGCAUAUCCUUGGAUGACGAUGAUGAUCGGGAAGGUGGAAUUCAAGAUCGGGACACGCUCCUAACACGAGAAAGAGGUCCAAACAGGGCUAGUGAGAGUAGUCGACCCAAGCAGAGCUUCACAGGGGCAACUUCACAGCCAUCUCCUUUUCACCCUUUCCCCCCACCAUCCUCCAGGACUGUGGUCUCCGCAGUGUCACCAUCAGCAUCGUUUUCAACAGCUGCACGUGGCAGUCACUCCCAGCUCAACGGGGCUGGCUCUUCGACCCCUCGGGCCGAGCCCGACAGAGGGCCUGCAGAUCUGAGUAAUCCCAGCACUGCUUUGGCAGAGGCUCUCCGGAUAGCCAGAUCGAAGGCCAACUCUACAUCGAAGGCCCCUCAACGCUCCACAUCCGACGCUAUUCAACCAAGCAACAUUAGAAGCCAAGAUCAGAGUGCAAAUCAGCGUGGAAAGGAGGGCAAGCUUCCAACAUCGACCUCCUCUCACUCAAAUGGCUCCAUGGCGGUUGGGCAGAUCAGGAUCCCUGUUCCGGACCUCUCACCUGGACUGCGAGGUUACGCUUCCUACCAUGGAGAGCAACAGGACAUGCGGAGGAAUCCAGAUGGACUGCUUUAUCCCCGUCGCUGCUCCUUUACACUAUCCCCGACAUCGUCCAACCCAGAGUCAAGAUCGGACAGCCACUCUGGAUCACUUGGUACGCCACGCGCCAACAUUAACAGAGAUGGAGCCACGUCUGCGAAACUCAGCAACGCGUCCAUUCGACCUGGCGGACCCAGCAUCUCAUCGAAAUACUCUGAUGACUUUGGCCCACAUCGACAGUCGCAUCAUCGCCGCCAAUCCAGCUACAUGGAGACAUCUUACGACUCUGGUCAGUCUGGACAGAACCAUGGUGAGGAUCGGUAUUCAAGGUUCGCAUUCCCAGGGCAGGAUCAUGACCAGAGCUCGCUUCCUCAUCAGAGCUACGACGACGGUCCUAGGCAUUCAUCCGAGUACCCUCAGGACCCAUCUGUAGAGUCUUUUCAGCAGGAGUACACUAGCCGCCGUCGUUUCCAAUCCUCGUCAGAAUCCGCUCCCAGUAACUCAUAUCAGAAGCAGCGCCAGUCUGACCAGGGCACUUCUGGAAACUCCAAGUCAUCAGCAAGUGCAGCGGCAUACGACCAGACCCACUCGUCGCAUUCACUCGGAGUAUCGGAGGACCUUCAGGAUCAGAUGGAGACCGAGGCCGAGUACAUUAUGACUAGGAAUACCGAGUUGCUCCGGAUACUCAGCAUUCGCGACGACGAGAUCAAGACCCUGCAGCAGGAGCUAGACCACUCGCUCAAGGUCAUGCAUGAGUACGAGGAUGAGCUCUUGAAGUUGCACACAACCGCCGCCAAGCCCUAUGAGAGUUACCAUCAAACGCUGGACCAGAUCGGACACGAGAUGACUCAGCAGGAUGCAAUCGUCAAGGGAUACCAGGAGGAGAACGAAAAGCUCCGAGAGCAACUCAAAACCUCUGUAGAACUUCGACAGGAGGCUGAGAAGCGCCAUUUGCAGGCAGUGGACCAGCUCAAGACGGAAUUGACGCAGCUCCGAGCGGACCUGGAUGAGUCUGAUGUCCAAAAGUACGGCACAACGGAUCUGAGAUUGUUGCUGCAACAGGCGCAGGAGAGUCAGGAUCGUGCGCGCAAGAAUUUCAAGGACAAGGAGGAUGAGCGGCUGGCCGAGAUGACCGACCUGAAGGAACGACUUAAGCUCACGGAGAGAGUUCUAGAGGAGGAGCGAAAGGCGAAGGUCAAGGAAAUGCAGAAACUCGAGCGCGAUAUUCAAGAGUUCAGAGAAGGCUGCAAAGGAAUACUGGCCCAGCUCCAGUCGAUCGAAUCUGUGGACUCUGCCAAACACUCCAAAGGUAGCUCCUCGAGUUCUUCUGCAGAGGCAGACACUACCGUCGGUCAAGAUUCGGAUACCCAUACGGCAAACAAAGGAUCACCUACGCCUUCACACUCUGACAGUCAACAGCAACACCAACAAAAGGAUCCACGUCCGAAGACCUUGGACCGGAAGCCGACAUCGACCGAGACCCUAACAACCACCAACAUGCCCAGCCACCCCGACGUCGGCAAACUGAAUCUGGAAGAGCGACUCUCCAAGUUUGAGGCUGAUAUCCGGCAAAGCCUCCGACGGACCGCCUCCGUGGAGAGCUUCCACAGUAUCCGAUCGUCCAACAACUCUGGUAUCCCGAUGGCAACCCUGGUCAAGCCCGCUCAAUACCUCCAGUCUGGUCACACUCGUCCAGAGCUGCGAUUGACGGGCUCUGGGGAUGAGACACACUUGGAGAGCGCACUUCGGGAACGCAUCACGAGUCUGAACAUCGAGAAUAGACGCCUGCAGGUCGAGUUGUCGUCUCUCGAACAAGUGCUGCGUCUGCAGCAAGCCGAGCGUCAACGCAAGGUUGCUCAGCUGGAGGAGCUAUUGGACAUGCAUGAGGCCAUGGGAAAUCAGAAGCUGGAGGAUGCCGAUACGGAGGAAGGGCAAGGCAGGAUUCGCAAGGUCAUCCAGGGCUUGCUGGUGAGGAUCCGGACGAAAGAGGCUGAGGCCGAGUUUUACCACAACGCGUACUUGGACAAGGUCAUGGAGUUUGACCAGAUGUCUCUUGCCAACCGCAAAGCACUUGCAGUGGGAGGAGGAUCUUUGAACGUCGAUGCGGAGGAGCCCAACAUUUCCCAGGCGACAGUGGAGGGGCUUGUGGUCGCAUCACCUUCGACCACAUCCCCCACUUCCUCCAACGGCGCAAGCGGGAUCGUCGAAGUUUUAGAGGCUCGGGUCAAGGAGCUGGAGCGGAUCAAUCUGGAGACUUCGUUCCGUCUGGCUGCUGAGCAGCGGCGUGUUAUUGCCUCCGAGGCCGAGAACGCUACGCUGAUCCGUGAAAAGCUCACGUUGGCAAGGAUGCUGGAGGAUCAGGUCGAACAGCUCCAAACCAAGCUGAGCACUGCCGAGAUUGCCAAGGCCCGUUUGGAGGACGAGAACAGCGCUCUGCGACAGAAGGAUACAAAGGACCAGCGGAACCAGCAACAGCAACAGCAGCAACAACAACAACAAAAGCAAUCGACACAGAAGGAUGCAGCCAACGCCGAGUCGAUGGCGAUUAUGCGGACUAGGAUGAUGUCGCUGACAUGCCAGCGUGACCAGCUUCGUGAGCAGCUUCAGGAGGCGUUUGAUAUCCAGUUGGCGAUGCGUGAUCGAGGCGCAGGUGGUGUUCCAGAGUGGACAGUCGACGACUACAAGCGCUUGGAGCGAAGCUUGGAGGAAAAGACCGGCGAGCUGGGCGUUUGGAAGGACCGGGCGAUUGCGUUGGAGAGGGUGGUGGAGCGUAUCCGGAUGUUGAAGGACAAGCAAGAGCCAAUGGGAGUUUCGAUGGACCGGAGGUCAUCGACUCAGGACAGCGAGUCGAUGAGCUCAUUGUCCGCCUCGGGUGGACCUGAUGAGCGACGGAGGGCUUCACAUCACACGCUUGAGGAACUGGACCAGGUGGUCCUGCGACUGGAGCAACGAUUGGAGAGGCGGGAUCAAGAGCUCCAGGAGGUUGUGCUGGAGGCGAAGCGACAGACGGAUCAACGGUUGGAGGCCUGGAAGGCCAAGUGGGUCCAGGUGGUGCAACGUAAGAAUGCCGAGAUCCACCGGUUCCAGGUUGAGCUGGAGUCCUUGAUGGCGGCUGUCGGCCGCGACCGAGCUCGCAUGGCUGCAUCAAUGCAGCAGAAGUAA